GUUGCACAGCGGGGCAGGGCCACACAAUCACUGAAGAGCUGCUGCAGCAGGACAUGAUGGUGCUUUGAGGACUACUCUACCAUGCAGUCCACCAUGAAUUUCAAUGGACUUCCACGCCAGGGCAGUCAAGAGAAUUACAUUCUGGAUAAUACUCUGAGGAAGAAGUGCUCCCUGUGGUACCGACGUUCACUGAGGGGAAACAAUGAUCGACACCGGCACAACACAGCCUCAUUGCCCAGAGUUAGCAAGCCUAAACUCACGCACUCCAACUCGCUGGUGGAUUACUCUGACCCACAAAGGACCACAAUCAUACUGGAAAAACAAGACAAUGAAACAUUUGGUUUUGAAAUUCAGACCUAUGGCCUGCAGCUGAAGGACAGCUCUGCAGUGGAGAUGUGUACGUUUGUGCGAAAAGUGCAAGAGGACAGCGCUGCUGAGAGUGCCGGCCUGACCACAGGAGAUAUUAUCAUCACUAUCAACGGGGUCAGCAUCGAAGGAUCAUCUCAUCAGCACAUACUGGAUCUCAUAAGAGAAUCAACCAACAAUCUAAAGAUGGAGACUGUAUGUGGCAACGUAGUGAAGCAGAUAGAGCUGGAGAAGAAGAUGAACCUGCUUAAGCAAUCACUACGUGAGAAGUUGGUGGAGCUGCAGGCCCUUACAUUACAGGAAAAGCGGCUAACGCGAGGUAACUUGAACAACAGCAGCCUCCACCUCUCCUUGGACUCAUCUUCAACUGUGAGCUCCCCCAUAAGCCGCAUUGGCCGGCGUUUUUCCAGUGGCAGCAGCUACAGGAGCGUGAUGUCAGAGGACAGUGACCAGGCCAGUGUGUUUGGAGAUCUGUGCUCUCCCAGUCCCUGCAGCGCAGCCAGCACCACAGACGACAGCUGCUUCUUCUCCAGAGAUUUCCCGUCCCGGGACAGCCCCUGCAGGUUAUCAUCGGGCUCCGGCCACCAUCACCAAUCCCUCGCCCGCUCCAGCAGCUCCAGCUUGGCCGGCAGCAGCAGCUCCCUCUCGCCUUCCUGGGAGGAGACGAGGAUCACCUCCUUGUUCGGCACCCUGCCCCGUAAAAGCAGGAGAACCAGCGUUCGCAAACACAUCCUGAAGUUACUUCCUGGACUCCAGCGAUCAGUUGAAGAGGAGGAGACGGGAGCAAACACUCAGUGACUUGUUGCUCACAUGCUCCUCUGAUUAUAAGGGUUCACAAAGUUUCUCAUGCACAUGUUGCAGAAAGAAACAGACUGUAAUGAAGUGACUCCACACACUUAAAGUGGAGGAUACCCUUAAAAAACAGUUUUUCCUUCAUGGGAACACAAAUAUGAUGGACAUUUUGACAUUUGUCUACCCAUGAGGGUCCAGAGCCUUAAAUAGUAGCCUGUUUGGCUGGUGGUGGCACAACAGCAUUAUGAAAAUAUUCUCCCUUUGUUUAAAUGAAUGUAUAUUGUAAAUAGAUGAGAUUAUGUAUCCUACUAGCUUGAAUAUAAAUUGCAUUAAUCAGAAUAGUCUGAACUGCAGUUGCUGUCAUAAUGUAGCACAUUUUUGUUUUAUUAAAUUGAGGCUAUUGUGAACUAAAAUACAUCAGAGCCAUUCAUUCUUUUUUAGGUCUGACAUUUAAACAGUGUUUCUGUCACGUUCAGGUGCUCAAAACCAAAACCAAAGCGCUGCUCAGUAUAGAUGUCUGCUCAGCUCAAAACAGGAUGUGGGUAGAGACGUAAAACUUAACUGUCUUUAUUUCCAACAUUAUUUUCAGGCUGUAUACAGGUUUCGGUGUUGACUGAAACUUGUCAUUUCAAAUCAA